AUGUAUACGCCUGAUCGCUCAUCGUCUUCAUCAAUGAUGCUUGACAAGUGUAUCAUACAUGGAUAUGGCUACCUAGGCUCAAGAAUCACCGGUCUGAUUGAAGGGACUCGCCGUGUCCAAGCGACAUGGACGCCCAUUGGCAAACUAUCCUUCCAGGUCGUUGCAAUUGUGGAGCGAGACCCUCAUCGCCGAGAGGCAGCAGAGGCUCGUCAUCCCAGUAUACCCUGCUUUACCGACAUUGAGGAAGCCCUCCAGGUUUUUUCUGGUCCAAACACCUUCAUCAAAGACUUUACGUCGCCAAAUGGCCGACUUCGACUUCUCAGCCUGGCUCAUCAAGCCGGCGUAUCUGUGCUGCUCGAGAAGCCGCUCUCCUCUCCUGGUGUUGAGGUUUCUCUCGGGAAUUAUCGCCGUAUUGCUUCAGUGAGCAUGUCUGAAGCAUUCAAUCCAGUUGUUCACACGUUGGCGAGCAAGCUGGCAGGCGAAGCUGCUGAGAUGCGGUCCCUUUCGUUUGUUCGGGUUAAUUCCCUGGCCCUCGAUCGCCUGAGGAAUCCGGAGGCUCGAUCAGACAUUGUCGGGGGAGCAUUUGUUGAUAAACUCUCUCACGAUGUGCAUCUUUUAGCAUCCGGUGCACUAUUUGGUACUACGGAUGUAGAUUUUGGCACACCAGAAGUUCAAGAGAUAGCAUAUGAUAUUCGUGUUCAAGAGGGUGCGACGAAUCUGUGCUUCACCUCACUUAACGGGACACCGCUAUCACCACUCGAUGCCAAGGCACCAGGCUGCGAUCCGGCUGAGAUGAUGGUCGACUUCAAAAUGCCAGUCAAGGUAGGCUCGCAGACAUUUCCGACACGCUGGAUUGCGAGCUGGAGUGGUGUCCCAAGCGACCUAGCUACGAGAAUUGGUAUCCACGACUCCCACGUCAAAGCUGCCCUCAUGGUCUCAAAGCCCGACAAUGAGUCACCUUUAUACCCCCGCACGAACCUGAAGCUGAUUGUUUGUGACUAUGUCAACUCCGCCGGCGAGGAUGUGCUGCUCAUCUGUAACCUCCAGGCCCGUGGACCUAUCAACGCUUGGUUGAUGGAACGACGCAGCGGCACAGAAUACCUGCACCCGGUUGAGUAUUCCGUGUCCAUCAUCAAGUCAAUGCAAGUGUUUUCGCAGCAUUUCCGUCAUGGUGGCUACCUAGACUUGGAGGGUAUUGAGAAAGCAGACCGAGCAACGCUCAAGAUUCGGUCAGAGUUCCGAAGACCCUUGACAGAUGAGCUGCAGAUUGAGCGAUCUUUGACAGUUUUGGAUCAUAAUCAUAGUGUAAUUCGAGAGCCCAGAGAGUCCCAGGAUAGCUCGGAGAGUAUCCACCGCAAGUUGGACGGCAUCCUUGUUGCUGGGGGGUCGGUGUAG